ACACUCACAAUAAACAGUUUUCUCAGGGACAAACUUUUCCACUUAUGCAGUCAAAAGUGUUAUCGAGGUGAAGCUGCAGCUGCUCAGCGUGUUGCUAUAAAACAUCAGCUUGUGAUCAGAUCCAUGCAGAAGAACUCAGAGCAGCUCCAGCUGACAGACAUCCCGGUUUACAUCCCUGCAGCACAACUCUCACCAUGGAACUGCUGCCCGCUCUCCUGCUCCUCCUGGUUCCUCUGUUGAGCAGCUCUGCAGCUUUUUUCCUUCCUCUCGACUGCAGCGACAUCUAUAAGCAGGACACAACGCGACCCAGCGGAGUUUACACCAUCUAUCCCAUCGGACCCCUGUCUGGUGUCCAGGUUUUCUGUGACAUGACCUCUUUGGGAGGGCAGUGGACUGUGUUCCAGAGGAGGAUGGAUGGCUCGGUGAACUUCUACAGGCCCUGGGCUUAUUACAAGUUGGGCUUUGGGAAUGUGGCUGGAGAGUACUGGCUCGGUCUGGGGAACCUUUUCCUAUUAAGUCAAAAGAAAAAGUUUGAGCUGCUGGUUAUCAUGGAGGAUUUUGAAGGACAUACAGUUUAUGCUCGUUACCGCUGGUUCGGUGUUGGUCCGGAGUCUUUGGGGUACCCACUCCGGGUGUCUGGAUUUAUUGAUGGAGGGGCAGGAGACUCCCUGAGUUAUCACAACGGACACAAGUUCUCCACCUUCGACAUAGACCUGGACAGUUAUCUUUUAAACUGCGCCAAAUUAUUCCUGGGGGGGUUCUGGUAUAACAACUGUCAUCGCACAAACCCAAACGGGGUUUAUCGCUGGGGGGCUGACGAUGCCAUCAAUUCUGUCGGAGUGGAGUGGUCCACAUGGAAGGGCCAUAACUACUCCUUGAAGGCCAUCAGCUUUAUGAUGCGUCCUGCUCAGUAAAGCUGCAGGACAAACGUCCUCUAGAAUAUUUCAGGUUGAUGUUUCCUGCGAUCAAACUCAAUCAGAAGAUCACCUGUUACCUGCCAGAAUUGAAUCCAGAUGUUGGUUGUAACUUCAAAACCCGUUUUUGGUGAUUUGUUUUUUUCAAAUAAUUUUUCAUUUCUGUACUGCAUUCUGAUAAUAAAUAAGAAACAAACUGA